ACUAUUCGUGGUUCUCGUUUCUGCACGAACCUUUUUUUUAACUUUCCGGGAAUUUUUCUUUCCUGAAGGGUACAUGCCAUCUUAUGGCGGCGAGAAUACUGUCAAUCGCCUUGCUGAUUUCGCCGCUUGUACUAUGGUUGGCCGCCUGUUGGUGGCUGCGGCGACGCCACGGGACGAGGCGAUGCGACGGCAGGACGCUGUUAACCGACGGAUCGGCGCGGCGCUUCAGCGGUGACGCAGUGAGAGCUCUGUUUGUAACGGCGCACCCUGAUGACGAAACGAUGUUCUUCGCGCCUAGCAUCCUUAAGCUGGCUGAAGGGAGGCUGUGGCUGCUUUGCGCGUCCACAGGGAAUUACUACAAUCAAGGGACCGUUCGUAAGGAGGAGCUCCUGGAGAGCUGUGCAGUUCUUGGAAUCCCUCCUUCCAAUGUGACAGUCAUUGACCACAGGGAUCUUCCUGACGAUCCGUCUGUUGAGUGGGACACGAGUCUACUUUCUGCCUUGAUCCUGAAGCAUAUCGAAGCCAACCACAUCAACUUGGUGCUGACCUUUGAUGCAGGAGGAGUGAGUGGCCACACCAACCAUAAAUCCCUUUUCACCGCCAUCAGGUACCUGCACUCGGAGAAUAAGCUUCCAGAAGGCUGCCAGGUCCUUACCCUGGAGACAGUCAGCCUCCUCCGGAAGUACCUCUCCAUCCUCGACGUCCCCAUCAGCUGCCUCCGCAGCCAGGAUGCUCUCUUUGUGCUGACCAAAGAGGAGGCGGAAACAGCCAAGAGAGCCAUGUGGUGCCACCGCAGCCAGCUGCUCUGGUUCCGCCGCCUGUACGUCGUCUUCUCGCGCUACAUGGUGAUCAACUCACUUCGCUUCCUCUAAUGGGAAAAGGACUUCCGGGGCUUCAAGCGGCUUCAGGAUGAGAGAAGCCCAGAACUCCACAAAGCUGCUGUUGAGCCAAGAAGAAGGAGAUCCACGCCAGCAAGACCCAUGCCUGCUCCUGCUGCACGGAAUCGUUUCUCUGGCCAAGAUCUUAUCUGUAGAUUUUACCAGUUCUGUUGUUGUGGUGGUGACUCAGCAGAGCCAAAAGCUUGAGAAACAAAGAGUGGGCCAGCCAAUUCUAUGGAAUCUGGCUAAGAGGGACCUUAGUGGCACGUCAUAUUCCAGGGGUGGUGAAACUGCAGCUCGGGAGCCACUUGCAGAUCUUUCACACAUAUUGUGCAGCUCCCAGAGGUCAAGGGGAACUUAAUGCAGGCUUAUUCUCAAGCAAGCAUGCUCAGCAUCAGGACCUCAGUCAACUGAAUGCCGACCCAUAGGUAGGCAACCAUUUCUGCUGCUUGUGAAACAAGGAAAGAGGGAAAAAUAGGCAGGCUUGCAAGUCCUUCUCCUCCAGCACAGAGGUCACCCAGAGACCUAGAGCAGGGAAAGAGAGCACAAGAGCCAAGGGAGCCACUGGAAGGAGGGACAGAAUUAAAGAGGGCAGCGCAGGGUUGCCCCUUAAUUUCACAGCUCUUGUAGGAGCUGUAUUUAUGAACUUUGUAUUUACUAACGAUGUCAAGCGAGAUGCAGAAUGAUGCAAAUAGUGGUCAGUGAUUUACAUGGCACAUAGGCGUUUCCUUCUCUCACUGGUGUCAAAAAAUAAUUCCCUAACCUUUCCCUAUGCUGGUCUUAUGGGGACCAUUAUUCCCAGCUUUUGUUUUUUAAAAAGUCUCCCUUGAAGCAUUGUCGUGUUGUAAAGUGCAUACAUAUGUAUUUCACCUUUCUGUGCAAAGGAAGUAUUAAGAGUUUUAAUAAAGAUGUGUGUGUAAUAUU